AUGGAGGCUGUCAUUCGGGAGGCCCCUUUUGGGCAGCUUGUUCGUUACUUGACAAAGAACAAAUACUUCCAAUAUCCCGAAGAGAAGGCCGACUUUAAGCUCCCCGACACAUGGCUUCAAUUGUUGAAUGAAUCCAAUCCUUCGAACAACGCGUUUGACGAGAAAAGGACAGAAGCAGAAGCAGAAGCCGAAGGCCGUCAUUUCAGCCAAGGUAGCAGUGAACCUCUUAGCCGCACCUCUUCCACCACCAUUCCAUUCACAGAAGCCCGCCUCGAAGCCGAUGAACAACAUGAAAUCGAAAAGAUCAAGUCAAUCCCCAUUGCACCCAAAAAGACAAAGGACGGUGCCAUCCUUGUAGACUGGUACUAUACCGAUGAUGCAGAAAACCCUCAUAAUUGGUCGAACAAGAAACGGGCUCUUAUCACCACCCUAAUUUGUCUAUACACUUUCGUUGUAUACACCACUUCAGCCAUCUAUACAUCCUCAACAGAGGGUAUCAUGAGGGAGUUCGGCGUUAAUACUGUGCUUGCUACUUUGGGCUUGUCAUUGUAUGUUCUCGGAUAUGGCGUUGGCCCAUUGGUUUUCUCGCCGCUCAGUGAGAUCCCUGUCAUUGGACGCAACCCAGUCUACAUCGUCACGAUGUUCCUCUUCGUCAUCAUCUCUAUCCCAACCGCCUUUGUUGGUAACUUCCCCGGCUUGAUGGUGCUCCGGUUUCUGCAAGGAUUCUUCGGUUCGCCUUGUCUUGCAUCUGGAGGUGCUUCCAUUGGAGAUUUGUAUAGUCUGAUGUCGCUGCCCUAUGCCAUGAUGGCUUGGGUCUCUGCCGCAUACUGUGGACCGGCCCUCGGUCCCCUCCUAUCCGGCUUUGCAGUCCCAGUCAAAGGCUGGCGCUGGUCCCUCUUCAUAUCAAUCUGGGCCUCAGCCCCAGUCUUCAUCCUAAUGUUCAUGUUCCUUCCCGAAACAAGCAGCGCAACAAUUCUCCUUCGUCGCGCUAAGCGUCUCCGCACAAUCCACAACAACGAGCGCUUCAUGUCCCAAUCCGAAAUCGAUCAACGCAACAUGCGCGUCUCAGACGUCGCCAUCGAUGCCCUGAUCAAGCCCCUGGAAAUCACAAUCAAGGACCCAGCCGUACUCUUCGUCCAGAUCUACACAGCCAUCAUCUACGGUAUCUACUACUCCUUCUUCGAGGUCUUUCCGCUCGUCUACCCAGUCGACUACGGCAUGAACCUGGGCCAGAUCGGUCUGGUAUUCCUGUGUAUCUUGGUCUCAUGUAUCAUCGGCAUUGCUUUGUAUGUCGCAUACAUCUACUACUGGAUGAAUCCUCGCAUCAUGCGCUUGGGCUUCCCUGCACAGGAGGAACGUCUCAUUCCUGCGCUGCCUGCUUCCUUCGGCCCAACUAUUGGCCUGUUCCUCUUUGCUUGGACAGCUCGUGCGUCUAUUCAUUGGAUUGUGCCUACCAUUGGUAUUACUAUCUAUGGUGCUACUGUAUUCAUUGUCAUGCAGUGUAUCUUCGUCUACAUCCCGCUGAGUUACCCCCAGUAUGCUGCGAGUUUGUUUGCUGCGAAUGAUUUCUUCCGCAGUGCGCUUGCUUGUGGUAGUGUCUUGUUUGCUCACCCGCUCUUUGGAAACUUGGGUGUUGCGAAGGGUACCAGUCUACUUGGUGGAUUGAGUGUUAUUGGUAUUAUUGGAAUUUGGUUACUCUACUUCUAUGGUGGCAGACUUCGUUCCUUGAGCAAGUUUGCUCUCUCUCAGGAGGAUGCUGAGUGA